AGACCCUCUGUCUGGAGGGUUCCCCGAACAAAGGUGGCGCUGGGGCGGCCCCACGUGACCCGGUCGCGUUUCCGCUUCCGGGUGGAGGGACAUCGAAGAGGUGAAGAUGCUGUCGGUGACUCGGCUGUGGGGCUGCUUCCGCCCUCCCCUCCUCUCCCCGUCGUCCGCCUCCUCCGCGGUGCGCCACCUCACCUCGCCCCCCCAGCAGGAGGCUCCCGCCAAGACCAAAUACGGCCCGCUGAAGGAUGAGGACCGUAUCUUCACCAACCUGUAUGGCAGGCACGACUGGAGGCUGAAGGGAGCGCUACGGCGGGGAGACUGGUACAAGACGAAGGAGAUCCUGCUGAAGGGGGCGGACUGGAUCCUCGGGGAGGUGAAGACGUCCGGGCUGAGGGGUCGGGGAGGGGCCGGGUUUCCGACCGGCAUGAAGUGGGGCUUCAUGAACAAGCCUUCAGAUGGCAGACCCAAGUACCUGGUGGUGAAUGCGGAUGAGGGGGAGCCCGGUACCUGCAAGGACCGGGAGAUCAUUCGACACGACCCCCACAAGUUAAUCGAGGGGUGCCUGGUGGCAGGUCGGUCGAUGGGAGCCCAAGCCGCCUAUAUCUACAUCCGUGGGGAGUUCUACAAUGAGGCUUCAAACCUUCAGGUGGCCAUCCGCGAGGCCUACGAGGCUGGCCUGGUCGGGAAGAACGCCUGCGGCUCCGGCUACGACUUCGACGUCUUCGUCUUCCGCGGGGCGGGCGCCUACAUCUGCGGCGAGGAGACGGCCCUCAUCGAGUCCAUCGAGGGCAAGCAGGGCAAGCCCCGGAUGAAGCCCCCCUUCCCGGCCGACGUGGGGGUCUUCGGCUGCCCCACCACGGUGGCGAACGUGGAGACGGUGGCUGUGUCUCCGACGAUCUGCCGGCGCGGCGGGGCCUGGUUCCACGGCUUCGGGCGGGAGAGGAACUCGGGCACCAAGCUCUUCAACAUCUCGGGCCACGUCAACAACCCCUGCACGGUGGAGGAGGAGAUGUCCGUCCCCCUCCGGGAGCUGAUCGAGAGGCACGCCGGUGGGGUUACCGGGGGCUGGGACAACCUACUGGCCGUGAUUCCCGGCGGCUCCUCCACCCCCCUCAUCCCGAAAUCCGUCUGCGAAGACGUCAUGAUGGACUUCGACGCCCUGAUCCAGGCGCAGACCGGCCUGGGGACGGCCGCCGUCAUCGUCAUGGACAAGUCGUCAGAUGUGAUUCGCUGUAUUGCCCGGUUACUGGAAUUUUAUAAGCACGAGAGUUGUGGACAGUGUACACCGUGCCGUGAAGGGGUGGACUGGAUGAACCAGAUGAUGUGGCGUUUCGUGAAGGGGAACGCGCGCGAGGCGGAGAUCGACAUGCUGUGGGAGGUCAGCAAGCAAGUGGAGGGGCACACCAUCUGCGCGCUGGGGGACGGCGCCGCCUGGCCCGUGCAGGGUCUCAUCCGCCACUUCCGGCCGGAGAUGGAGAGCAGGAUCCGAGCAUUCCAGCCGCUCGCUCGCUCCGCCAACUGACCGCUCCCCCAACUCCUCCUCGUUCAAACUCAGCGUCCGCGAGGGGAGUCUGCUAGAGAACGCGUUUCUGUAAAUUGCUGAAGUUUAAAUAAAUGUUGCCCAGAGAGAGA